GAGAGCAGUAGUCAGAUUUCCCUGCUGAGUCAAAGUCUGACUCUUGUUAAGAGUUUUUCGUAACUCUUUCCAGUUUUUUUUAAACCAACAUUUUUACAUUACAAUCAUUGUUAGUAUACUUGUAUUGAGGGUUCGUUAGACUUUCCCUCAAGCUGUGAUCUGACUGCCGGGUUUGCGUACUGUUUAUCUGCCGAUAAGCACCUCCUUCUUCUCGAGUCCUGCAGUGUUUGAACGAUAUUCUCGAUCAGCAUGACAUAUUUUUCGGGAAUUGCUCUACGGUUAAGUUUCCAAAUGCUCCAGUUCUGGACUGAGAUGUUGUCCUGAGUUAAAGUUCACAUUUUGACGGUUUUCCUUAAAAUUCCUCAACUGACAACACACAAUGGCUUCCAAUAUAGUUGUGGAUCAGCAGUUUUCUCACAAAUUCAUAGUGACUGUGGUUCGAGCCGAGAGCGUCACCAAGGGAGCGCUGGGUGACCUGUUGGACACCCCAGAUCCAUAUGUGGAGCUGUUCAUCCCAACGGCCCCAGAGAGCAGAAAGAGGACCAGGCACAUAGACAACGACAUCAACCCAAAAUGGAACGAGACCUUUCACUUCAUAUUAGACCCUAACCUGCACAACGUUCUGGAGGUAACAUUAAUGGACGCCAAUUAUGUGAUGGAUGAGACACUUGGGACUGCGACCUAUGACAUCACCAAGCUCACCGUAGGCCAGACAAAGAUGGAGCCUUUCCUCAUUGGAAAAGCAACCAAAGUAUACUUAGAGAUGACGCUUGAGAUCUGUACCAAACUGGACUUGCGGUUUAGCCGGGCCCUGUGUGACAAAGAGAAGCAGUUCAGACAGACCCGCAGAGAGAGAGUGAUGCUGGGCAUUAAGAAGCUGCUCGACAUGGAGAAGCCUCUUUUCCUCCCCAGCUCUCCAGAGGAGGUGCCAGUGAUAGCCAUAGCGGGCUCAGGAGGUGGUUUUCGUGCCAUGGUCGGCUUCUCAGGUGUGAUGAAAGCCCUGUUUGAAUCUGGAGUCCUAGAUUGUGCCACAUAUGUCGCUGGCCUCUCCGGAUCUACAUGGUACAUGUCCACUCUCUACUCUCACCCAGAGUUUCCAAAUAAGGGCCCAAAGGACAUCAACCCGGAGCUGAUGAAGAGAGUUAGCAGUAACCCACUGAAGCUGUUGCUGCCCCAACACAUGACCAACUACAUCCAUGCCCUCUGGACCAAAAAGGCUGCUGGGCAGCCUGUUACCUUUACCGAUAUCUUUGGUAUGCUCAUAGGAGAGACACUUCUACCUGCGAGGAUGGACAUCAAACUGAGUAGCAUUCAGGAGAAAAUAAAUCAGGCCCAGAGUCCUCUUCCUCUCUUCACAUGUCUCCAUGUCAAGCCAGAUGUUUCUGAGCUCAUGUUUGCAGACUGGGUGGAGUUCAGCCCGUAUGAAAUUGGGAUGGCAAAGUACGGCACCUUCAUGACCCCUGACUUGUUUGGAAGCAAGUUCUUCAUGGGAACCGUUGUCAAGAAAUACGAGGAGAACCCAAUACAUUUUCUGAUGGGUGUGUGGGGCAGCGCCUUCUCCAUUCUGUUCAACAGAGUGCUGGGAGUCAAAGACACAGUUGGUGGCAGCACCAUGGAGGAGGAGUUAGAGCAGAUCAAACCACAGCACAUCGUCGGAGAAGACAGUCUGGACAAUGACCAAGAGCCACGAAAAGGGGGGACAGAGAACCAGGAUGGAGAAGACGAUCGCACUGCUAAGGCUAGCUGGACUCAGCGAAUGUUCAAGUCACUUUUCAGUGACUCAUCCUUAUUCAACACAAGAGAGGGCCGGGCCGGGAAGGUGCAUAAUUUCAUGCUGGGCCUAAACCUGAACACCAGCAUCCCGUUCUCUCCGGACAGUGAGGUCAAAUGCCAUGCCCCCAUACCUGAGGAGGAGGUGGACGCUGUCACAGACCCAGAUGAGUUUGAUCGUAUUUACGAGCCUCUUGAUGUGAAGAGCAAGAAGAUCCACAUAGUGGACAGCGGCCUGACCUACAACCUUCCCUACCCUCUCAUCCUGCGGCCAGAGCGUGGUGUCAACCUCAUCAUCUCCUUUGACUUUUCUGCACGACCCAGCGACACCAGCCCCCCAUUCAAAGAGCUCCUGUUGGCAGAAAAGUGGGCUCGAAUGAACAAGCUUCCAUUCCCCAAGAUUGAUCCCAAAGUCUUCGACCGUGAAGGCCUAAAGGAAUGCUACGUCUUUAAGCCAAGAAAAGGCGAAAAGAACUGCCCGACUAUCAUCCACUUUGUCCUGGUCAACAUCAACUUCAGGACAUUCAAGGCACCUGGUGUUCCCAGAGAGACUGAGAAGGAAAAGGACUUGGCGGAUUUUGACAUUUUUGACGACCCCGAGUCACCAUUCUCCACUUUUAAUUUCCAGUACUCCAACAAGGCCUUCACCCAACUCCAUGACCUCAUGGAGUUCAACACUCUCAACAACCUGGAGGUGAUCAAAGAAGCCAUCAAGGACUGCAUUGUGUCCCGGAAGGAGAAUCCCUCGUGCCUCUCCCUUCCUUUCUCCCUCAGUGCAAUCCCGAAAAAGAAAUUUCUCAAAAGAGAUGCUAUGGCAAAUCCCUGGGAAAUAACAGUAGCCGGGAAGAAACAAGUGUAA